UGCAGAACAGUGGUCUUCUCCAUUCCAUCAUUUUCUUAUGAUGUGAGGCUAUAUGCAUGCAUUAUGCUUGAAAAAGACUACAUUGUAAUAUGACACAUCAUCUCAACGACAGAAGGAUAUUUUGUUUUAUUUAUUUAUUUAUUUUUUUAUUCUGUGUAAAUUAUUUAGCACCCCGUCUCCAGAACAUGGGAAAUUUUGUGUUUUUGAUUUGUAUUACAUUUUGAAGUUUUGAAGUGCUGACCUUUUAGUGACGUCAUUACGUAAUCACCAUUAAAAUGAGCUGACCCGUCCCGCGCUCAGUGCGCGCGCUUGUUUCAGUCAGAGCGUCCCGAGCCUGAGGGAGAGGCAGCAAAAGGAUUCUGAGUGAAAAAUGCCUCCCCCUGAUGAUGGGUGCCACCACAACCCAAAUGAAGAUGAUGUAAAUUCUCCUACCAGUCCUUUGAACUUCCUAGAUCAGAACUACCAGGAGCUCCACCAGAACUGUCUCGCUGAAAACACACUAUACAACGAUGAGUUGUUCCCUCCAGACAACAGCUCUAUUGGCUUGUUUGAUGAUGAGUCACCUGAGGUGGAUUUGUCCCAAGUUGUGUGGAAGCGGCCAUCCGAACUGGUUUCAGACCCUAAAUUAAUUGUAGAUGGCGUGUCCAGGUUUGACUACGCACAGGGGAAUGUAUUAGGAAACUGUUGGUUUUUGGCUGCAAUUGGGGCUCUAACUUUUGAGAAGGACAUCAUGAAACAGGUCAUGCCAGCUGAACAAUCAUUGACCAAAGAUUAUACUGGGAUAUUUCACUUCAGGUUUUGGCGAUUUGGGAAAUGGAUUGAUGUUGUUAUUGAUGACCAACUUCCAACUAUUGAUGACGAACUACUUUUUGUGUGUUCAAAAACGUCUAAUGAAUUUUGGCCUGCUUUACUGGAGAAAGCAUAUGCAAAGGUGUGCGGGUCCUAUGCUGACUUGAACGCUGGUUUCAUAUCUGAGGCCCUGAUGGACUUCACUGGUGGGACGCAUAUGUAUUAUGAACUAAAUACAGCUCCGGCUGAUUUGUGGAAAAUCAUGGAAUGUGCAUUCAUGUCAAAAACGCUUAUGGGUUGUGGCUCUAAUACAGUGACAACACCUAAAGAAAACGAGCUACUUCAUGGCAUAGUUGCAGAACAUGCUUACACUGUGACAGGAGUUUUUGAGGUAACCAGUGAUGAAAAUCCAGUUCAUCUGGUGAGAUUGUUAAACCCAUGGGGCGAAGAAGAGUGGCGAGGAGACUGGAGUGAUGGAUCACCUUUGUGGGACACAGUUUGUGAGGAGGUCCGCAAAAUUUGCCAUGAAGUUUUAAAUAACGGGGAGUUCUGGAUGUCAAUGGAAGACUUCACCACAAUUUUUGAAAGCAUAGAUAUCUGCUGUCUCUGUCCUGAUUUUCUGGAUGGUUCCUCCGAAUGUCACUGGACCUCAAAACGGUAUUUUGGCAGAUGGAAUGCUGGGACUACAGCGGGUGGUGACAUAAUUAAGACAGAGACCUUCUGGACAAACCCUCAGUUUCGGGUGACAAUUGAUGAGCUUAAUGAGGCAUGUGCUAGUGGGCAGCGCCCUGAAAACAUACUGGUGUCCCUCAUGCAGAACCAUGAGAAGAGAAACAGAAAUAGCCAAAAUAAUUAUGAUAUUGGCUUCUAUGUCUUUGAGAUACCAUUAGAGAUGAGAAGUCAGAGCGGGAGGUUUUCAUUGGAGUUCUUCGUUGACAGAGAGCCUGUGGCACAGACAGAUUUAGUAUGGUUGAGAGAGGUGAUGAAAUUCUUCAGGCUGGAGCCAGGAGAGUACCUGAUUGUACCGUGCACAGAGAAUCCUGGUGAAGCUGCCUCCUUCGUCUUGUCUAUUUUCUCAAAGAAUGAGACACACUUUGAACAUAUUCAGGAGACUUCUGAGUAGAAUGGAGACAUUUCUUGAUGAGGGUGAGAUAAACCCUUUAUUGUCUGCUGUCUUUAUUGUUUGUCAUAUGAAUGGGUAUCAAUAUGCUCUGCUUUUACUUUUUGUGCUUAAAUUUUCCUGUCAAUUGGUAAUUCAAGAAAAAAAAACAAGAUUUUUAUUAGUUUUUAUUAAUUAUUCUAUUCCACCUAAGAGAUUAUUUUACCUUUAUUUGUUUUUAAAUUGUAAAGUAAAUGUGUCAUCUGUUGGGUGGGUGAUGUACCAACAGUAGUAAUAUUUUUUUUAACUGGUCUGUUUUCAGGAUUGAUCAGUUAUGUUAGCAUACAUUAUUAAAUGCUAUAUGGGGUAAUAAGAAAUAUUUUAAUCCUGUCAAAAUAAGACUUGAAAUGAAACGCUGUAAAAAAUGGAUUAAUGAAAGUGUGGCAUGAUAUCAGCAAAUGCAUGUAAUAAUUAUUAUUUGUAUUAAUUCCAAAUAAUGUAUACUGCUGCAGAAUGGGAUAAUAUGUAAUGUAUAAUUGCAUGGAAAAGCUCCCAUAUAUUUUCUUAAUAUUGUUCUUCAAAGAAACAGGAUAUCCGCAAUAAAAAUUAGUAACCCUUCAGAAA